AUGUCUUCUUCUUCUUCUUCAUCUUCGUUGAAGGACGAGCUUCCUUCAGCUUCUGAAGUCAAGAACGAAGUCGUUGAGGCUUCGAAGGAGGCUGCCUCUUCCAUUCGAUCUCUCGUGGCUGGCGGAGUUGGAGGAGUCUGCGCCGUUGUUGUGGGCCAUCCGUUCGAUCUUGUGAAGGUGCGCAUGCAGACUGCUGAGAAGGGCGUAUACAAUGGCGCUCUUGAUGUAGUCAGGAAGACUUUUGCCAGAGAAGGGAUACGGAGGGGGCUCUAUGCAGGUGUUUCGGCACCUCUAGUUGGUGUUACACCAAUGUUCGCUGUCAGCUUCUGGGGAUACGAUGUAGGUCAAAAGCUUGUGCGGUCCUUCUCGCCCCAGACAGCCUCGAAUACGACCUUCUCAAUAUCUCAGAUUGCCGCCGCAGGAUUUUUCUCGGCAGUACCAAUGACACUCAUCACCGCGCCCUUCGAGCGUGUCAAAGUCUUGCUGCAGAUACAGGGGCAGAAGCAGCUUGCACCUGGAGAAAAGCCGAAGUAUUCGGGUGGUCUGGAUGUCGUCCGCCAGCUGUACAAAGAGGGAGGCGUCAGGUCUGUAUUCCGUGGGAGUUUCAUGACAUUGGCAAGAGAUGGACCUGGCUCGGCCGCUUAUUUUACGACUUAUGAGUAUGUAAGACGGGUUUUAUCUCCAAAAGAUGAAAACGGCAAAGCGACUGGGGAACUUCGAUUGUCUGCAGUGCUUGCCGCCGGCGGGACAGCAGGGGUGGCGAUGUGGAUACCUGUAUUCCCAAUCGAUACCAUCAAGAGUCGUCUGCAAAGCGCGGGGGCAGACCAACGAUCGGCGGAACCAUUCGAGGCCUGUACGCCAAUGGAGGGAUCAGAGCUUUCUUCCCGGGUAUUGGACCUGCACUGGCGAGAGCCGUGCCCGCAAAUGCAGUGA